AUGAAGUUCAAGCCAAGAAAGUCAAGGUACCUUGUACUCAGGAAGGGGAAGAUACUGCCACAUGUGGACCUGAAGAUUCAAGGCGAAGACAUCCCGAGGAUCAUAGACAAUCCUAUCAAGUGCCUUGGGAAGUGGUUUGAUGCUACCCUUAAGGACAAGGAAGCUAUCAAUCAGCUCCAGGUUAGUCUGAGCCAGAAUCUGAAGACUAUAGACAAGACAGGACUUCCAGGAAAGUUCAAGGUGUGGAUCUACCAACACUCACUACUACCAAGGCUUAGCUGGCCCUUGAUGCUGUACGAGGUCCCAACAUCAACAGCAGAAUCCCUAGAGCGCCAGAUAAAUAAGCACAUUCGGAAGUGGUUUGGCCUCCCGCAAUGUUUCACAAGCCUAGGUCUGUACACUGCAACAGGGGAACUCCAGCUACCAGUCUCUUCAUUGGUCGAAGAGUUCAAGGUCUCCAAGGCUCGCUUACUGAUGACACUUAAGGACUCUCCUGAUGAAUGCAUUCGAGGAGCCGGUAUCGAGCUAAGGACUGGUAGAAAGUGGUCAGUCAGCCAAGCAGUGGAGUCAGCAGAGUCACGCCUCAGACAUGCUGACAUUGUUGGUACCACAACUGUAGGGCACCUAGGCCUUGGAGUGGUUGAACGUAAGAGGUACUCAACAUCAUCCAGACAAGACAGAAGAUCUAUGAUUCAGGCCGAAAUUAGGAAGGGUGAAGAGGAGCGAAGAAUGGCACAACUGGUACAGAUGGGGAGUCAAGGAGCAUCUACCAAGUGGAAUCUACCAGAGAGAAAACUCAACUGGUCAGAUAUCUGGCAGAUGGAGCCAGUUCGUAUAAGCUUCCUUCUCCGCAGCGUGUAUGAUGUUCUACCGACACCAGGUAAUCUCCAUCGCUGGAAACUAAUCGAUGAUCCAUCGUGUACUCUAUGUGGCAAGAGAGGAACACUAGAGCAUGUUCUUAUUUCUUGCUCAAUAGCGCUGUCACAAGGCCGUUACAGGUGGAGGCACGAUAGAGUCUUGAGGCAGUUAGCAGACACCAUUGAGAGGGAAAGGAAGUAG